AUGAGUAGAGAGAUCUCGGCAUUGCUUCAACCGCGGUACAUCGCAAUAUUCGCGCUUGCUCUAGUUCUCAUCUUUUUUGCGUUUUCCUUCUCUCAACGGGAGGAAGUGAAGGUGGAAGAGGCUUAUGAAAUCACCCACAGAGUAUUUUUGGAUGUUGACAUAGAUAAACAACGUAUAGGCAGAAUCAUCAUUGGUUUAUAUGGCCAGGUUGUACCGAGGACUGUCGAGAAUUUCAGGGCUUUGUGCACAGGGGAGAUGGGUAAAUCUGCUAAUGGAAAAGUUCUUCACUACAAGGGAACACCGUUUCAUCGUAUUAUUUCUGGAUUUAUGAUCCAAGGAGGGGAUAUUGUCUCUGGAGAUGGUAGAGGAAACCAGUCAACAUAUGGCGGCACCUUCCAUGAUGAGAAUUUCAAGUUGAAGCAUUCACAUGCAGGUGUUGUUUCCAUGGUGAAUUUGGGACCUGAUUCCAACGGUUCACAAUUUUUUAUUACAACAAUCAAGGCUAGCUGGUUGGAUGGCCAGCACGUUGUUUUUGGCAAAGUUAUCGAAGGCAUGGAUACCGUGUAUGCCAUUGAGGGUGGAGCGGGAACCUACAGUGGGAAGCCAAGGAAAAAGGUGAUCAUUGCGGAUUCUGGGGAGAUACCCAAGAGCAAGUGGGAAGAUGAGAGCCAAAUUUCAGGGUCAUACAAUAGCAGCAGUACAUUUUGA